CGAAGACGAAGAAGGCCGCCUCUAUUCUAGUCUGAGCGCAAACAUACUGUCUUUCUGUCUGUGGGAGUCACAACAAACACAAUUUACAGUGGGGUAAUAGUAACAUUCACAAACAGAUGUCAUCCAAAUAUAUUAUCUGUCUGGAUUCUGGAGUCAACUCAAGAACAUCGCAGUGCCCUUUCUGGUAUCGCGUGAUGGUCAAGCACUACGCUUGUUCCGUUUACCUGACGUCCAUCUGACAGAGCGACGCUCGGCUCGUAGCUUUCUCAGUACUGAUGGUGAAUUGCUACUGCUGUGGUAACGGGCGGAGGAGCAGAAGCCGCAGAAGAGUCAGCAGUAGUAGAGGAGCGGUAGUUUGGAAUUCAGCUUUUACACGUAUUAAUCUUACUCGUAUCAACGAAGCUCCCUAAAAACACACAGAAGGGAAGGGAAAAUUUAAGAAAGAUGGCGGCCGCGGCCUCGCCGGGCUCCUGCUCGUCCACCUCCUCAGAUUGGAUUGUACUGAGAGACGGUUGCCGUCGUUGCGACGAGGAGGGCCUGCGAAGCCUUUCCUACCACCCGGCCCUUAACGCUAUCCUGGCGGUUACUAGCCGGGGGAGUAUCAAAGUAAUCGACGGCACAUCAGGGGCUAUUCUCCAAGCCUCGGCCUUGCACGCUAAACCUGGAGGCCGUGUUAGGUGUCAGUACUUUCCUGCGGUAGACAAGGUCCUCUUCGUGGACGACUAUGCAGUGGGCUGCAGAAAGGACUUGAACGGCAUCUUGCUGCUGGACACAGCCCUGCAGGCCCCCGUGGCCAAACCAGAGGACAUGGUCCAGCUCGAGCUGCCUGUCACAGAGGCUCAGCAGAUGCUCUCUGCCUGCCUGGAGAAGGUAGAUGUGUCAAACACAGAGGGCUACGACAUCUUCAUCGCUCAACUCAAAGAAGGACUGAAGAAUACCUCACACGAGACUGCAGCCAAUCACAAAGUGGCCAAGUGGGCAACAGUGACGUUUCAUCUUCCACACCAUGUGCUAAAGUUGGUCGCCAGUGCCAUCGUGACUGAGCUGAAGAAGAUCAACCAGAACGUCGCUGCCUUGUCUGUGGCCUCGUCCAUCAUGGACAGGCUCUCCUACCUCUUACCAAGUGCACGGCCUGAGCUGGGGGUGGGCCCAGGGCGCUCUGUAGAUAGAUCAUUGAUGUACAGUGAGGCAAAUAGGAGAGAAACGUUCAUGUCGUGGCCCCAUGCCGGGUACAGGUGGGCACAGCCUGACCCCAUGGCCCAAGCAGGAUUUUACCACCAGGUAGGCAGUCCUGCCUCUACCGGUGAUGACAGGGCAAUGUGUUUCACAUGCAGUGUCUGCCUAGUGUGUUGGGAGCCCACUGAUGAACCAUGGUCCGAGCACGAGCGUCACUCCCCCAACUGUCCGUUUGUGAAGGGUGAGCACACUCAGAACGUGCCCCUGUCCGUCACUCUGGCCACCAGCCCCGCCCAGUUCCCCACCCCUGACGGCUCAGAUAAGAUCGCCUGCUACGGCUUCGGCAGCUGCCCCCACUUCCUGGCAGCCGCCACAAAGCGUGGCAAAAUCUGCAUCUGGGACGUGUCCAAGCUCAUGAAGGUGCACUUGAAAUUUGAAAUCAACCCCUACGACCCGGCGAUCCUGCGACAGCUGAUUCUGUCUGGGAGCGAGCAGGCCCUGGGGACCCAGGAGUCCAGGAGGCCCACCUUAGCCUGGCUAGAGGACUCCUCAAGCUGCUCAGACAUACCAAAACUAGAGGGGGACAGUGAUGACCAGUUGGAGGAUUCUGACAGUGAAGAGCAUUCCAGAUCAGAGUCCGUGACGGGCCACCCGUCCCAGAGGGAGAGCAUGGAGGUGAGCCUGGGUGUGACAGCGCUCAGCGUCCUGCAGCAGCCAGAGAAACUCCAGUGGGAGGUUGUGGCCAGCGUGUUGGAGGACACAGUCAAGGACCUGGAGGAGCUGGGUGCCAACCCUUCCCUGGCCCAGGCCAAGGCCGACAAGGCCAAGGAGAAGCUCCCGGAGCACCACAACAUUCCUUUCCCUUGCCUGCUGGCUGGAGGCCUGCUCAGUUACCUUGCUGCCCCACUCCCCUCCUCCCGCCGCUCCAUGGACGGCCCCCUCAGGACUCAGGGCCCCGAGCCUCCCCAUGUCGUGCCUGACCAGGGCCCCAUGGAGAUAGAGUCCUGUAACCUCACUCCCUUGGAGCUGGGCUCGCCCAACUCGGCCGCACCCACCGUGCGCAGGACUAUGCCCGUGCUCUUGCUCUACAGCUUCAAGGAGUCGGAGGAGAAGUCGUCGGGCAAGGUGUUUGCUCAGAUGAACAAUCUAAUGAGCAAGGGGCUGCAUGAGGAGGGCUUCUCCGUGCCGCAGAUCAUCGAGAUGGAGUUUGACACCCACGAGCAGCUGCUGCUCCAAGACCCGCCCAUCACCUACAUCCAGCAGUUUGCAGACGCUGCCGCCAAUUUAGCCACCCUGGACGGGGACAAGUGGAGCUCGCUUGCGCCGCGGCCGGGAGCCCUGGUGCAGUGUCUGCGGCUGCCCAAGCAGCUGGAGGAGGAGAACCUCUACGUGGACUCCAUCACGCCCUGCUCAGACGGCGUGCACCUGCUGGUGGGGCUACAGCCCUGCUCUGUGGAGUCUCUCAGUGCCAUCAACCAGGUGGAGGUCCUCAACAACCUCAACCGCCUCCACUCAGCCCUCUGCAGCCGCCGCAAGGGAGAGCUCCAGCCCCUGCCCACACUGGCCAACGGACACGAAGCCCUCGCCUCCGCCUCGCCCCCUCAGACCCCACUCAUCCUGCCCCCGCCUGACCAGCAGCAGCAACAGCCGUCCAGGGCCCUGGGAGGCUGUGGGGGUGGAGGCUACCUGGCCCUCUACAAGCUCAACUACUCCACCCGCAUUGUCACUCUGGAGGAGGAGCCUAUCAAGGUGCAGCACAUCAGAGACCCCCGGGACGCCGUCACCUCCCUCAUCCUGCUUCCGCCAGACGUGCUGGAUGGAAGGGAGGACGACAGCGAGGAGGCCUCAGAGGAGAAACCUCAGCGUGGGUUUAAAAAUGGCUCUGGCUGCGGCCAUGUGUCUGGGUGUGGGCCAGGGACUGGUACCAGCAGCACCAAGGUGAAGCAGGCAGACGUGGCUGGACUGGGCCACCUGGUGAUCACCACUCAGGCAGGGUACAUAAUGAUCCUAGACCUUUCCACUUUGGAGGUCCUGGCCAAAGUGGAGCCGCCCAAGACGGAUGGGACGGUGGAUGAGAUUGACCCUUUCGUCUCUGUCACCUACUGCUCCGGGACUGACCGCCUGUGCGCUUGCACUAAAGGUGGAGAACUUCAUUUCCUUCAAAUUGGAGGUGUGUGUGACGAUGUAGAUGACAGCGACAUUUUUGUCGAUGGCCCCCUUUCUAAAGGGGCUGAACAGCUGUUGGAGGGGGCAAAGCCCUCCUCCAACCCCUCGAGCCCAGGGAUCACAGGAGUUGACCUCCUGGUGGACCAAGUGUUGGCUGUGGAGAGCCUGACGUCGCUGGUGGAGCUGACGCGCUUCGAAACACUGACGCCGCGCUUCUCGGCCACAGUGCCGCCCUGCUGGGUGGAGGUGCAGCAGGAGCAGCAGCAGCGUCGCCACCCCCAGCACUUGCACCAGCAGCACCAUGGAGACGCCGCCCAGCACACACGCACCUGGAAGCUGCAGAGUGACAGCUCCAGCUGGGACGAGCAUGUAUUUGAACUGGUCCUUCCCAAGGCCUGCAUGGUGGGCCACGUGGACUUCAAGUUCGUCAUGAAUGCCAACAUCACUAACAUUCCUCAGAUCCAGAUCACCCUGCUGAAGAACAAGGCCCCAGGUCUGGGCAAGGUCAACGAGACGGCAGUUGACAGACAGAUCUCCUUCCCCCUGUCCCAUGUCCUCCAUGCCAAUGGGGAGAGGAAUGGACAGCCACUUUUGCACGACUUUACAGACGACAUUCAGUUCAUGGACAUCGAAGAGACAUCAGGCUCCAGGCUGUGCACUUUCCUAGAAGACCAUAAGGAGGAUAUCCUGUGUGGUCCCGUGUGGUUGGCCAGUGGACUGGACCUCUCAGGCCAUGCUGGGAUGCUGAGCCUCACCAGCCCCAAGCUGGUCAAGGGCAUGGCUGGGGGCAAGUACCGCUCGUUCCUGGUGCACAUCAAGGCGGUGAGCGACAAGGGCAUGGAGGAGAGCCCCAUGCCGGUGGUGAGGAUGCCCGCUGCCAAGCCUCAGAGCAGCAAGGGCCAUUCCCUCUCCACCCUGCUGCAGAGGGCACAAGCCACGAAGGAAAAGGCCUCCACUUCCAAAGCAGAUUCUCCUGCUCAGUCGAAGAAACCUGACAACCUCCGCGGCUGCGACCUGCUCCAGGAGGUGUCCGUCACGAUCCGAAGGUUUAAGAAGACCUCCAUACCCAAAGAAAGAGUCCAGCGCUGUGCCAUGCUGCAGUUUCCAGAUUUCCAUGAGAAGCUGUUGAACGGGCUGUGUAAGGGGGCGGACGAGGGCCCUGGCACAGAGCACUCCCAGAGCCUCAUCCUGGACUGCCUCUGCUGGCUGGCUGGAGUUUACUCCAACGGACCCUGCAGCCUGAGAGAAGGAAAGGAGGCUCUGCUGAUGAAAACAAGGAAACGGCUGACCGACAUUGUGCGGGUGUGUUUUUUUGAGGCUGGACGGAGUAUAGCCCACAAAUGCGCCCGCUUUCUUGCACUUUGUAUCAGUAAUGGAAAAGGGGAGCCCAGUCAGCAGGGCUUUGGCAUGAAUCUCCUGAAUGCUCUGCUGGACAAUAUGCCUUACUUGCCUGCAGCAGCAACAGGUGGGUCGGUGUUCUGGUACUUUGUGCUGCUGAACUAUGUGAAGGAUGAGGACCUGUCGGGCUGCAGCACGGCCUGUGCCUCUCUGCUCACCGCUGUCUCCCGGCAACUGCAGGACCGCCUCACGCCCCUGGAGGCUUUGCUACAGACCAGAUACGGCCUGUACAGCUCCCCAUUCGACCCAGUGCUCUUUGACCUGGAGGUCAGCGGCUCCUCCUGUAAGAAUGCCUUCAACAGUAGCAUCGGCGUCCAGUCAGACGAGAUUGACCUUUCCGAAAUUCUCUCAGGGAACGGCAAGGUAAGCAGCUGUGCGGCGGCCGAGGGCAGCUUCACGGCCCUCACUGGGCUCCUGGAGGUGGAGCCACUGCACUUUACCUGUAUCUCUACCAGCGACGGCACCAGGGUGGAGAGGGACGACGCAAGCAUGUUCACAGUUAGCACAUUCGGUGUGACCCCGGCGGUGGGUGGCCUGUCGGCGGGCACAGUGGGCGAGGCGUCCACGGCGCUGAGCUCGGCAGCCCAGGUGGCUCUGCAGUCGCUGUCCCACGCCAUGGUGUCUGCAGAGCAGCAGCUGCAGGUGCUCCAGGAGAAACAGCAGCAACUGUUCAAACUACAGCAACAGAAGGCCAAGCUGGAGGCAAAGUUGCACCAGACCACUUCAGCAGCUGCGGCCUCCGGCGUGGGGCCCAUCCACAACUCUGUGCCUUCCAGUGCCCCCGGCUUCUUCAUCCAUCCCUCUGAAGUCAUCCCCCCCACGCCCAAGACCACCCCGCUGUUCAUGACGCCACCACUCACACCUCCCAACGAGGCGGUGUCGGCAGCCAUCAGUGUGGAGCUGGCCCAGCUCUUCCCUGGCUCCAUGAUAGACCCACCGCCUGUCAACCUGGCCGCACACAACAAGAACAGCCAGAAAGCCAAGCCGAACCCCAUGGGCAGCGGUCUGGCGUUGGCCCUCUCUCAAGCCUCUCACUUCCUCCAGCCUCCUCCACAGCAGUCCAUCAUCAUUGAGCGCAUGCACUCUGGAGCGCGGAGAUUUGUGACACUGGACUUUGGUCGUCCCGUGCUACUGACAGACGCUCUGAUCCCCACCUGUGGGGACCUGGCCUCUCUGUCCAUCGACAUCUGGACGCUGGGGGAGGAGGUGGACGGACGCAGGCUAGUGGUUGCCACGGACAUCAGCACCCACUCCCUCAUCCUGCACGACCUUCUGCCGCCCCCUGUCUGCCGCUUCAUGAAAAUCACUGUGAUUGGUCGUUAUGGCAGCACCAAUGCCCGGGCCAAGAUCCCAUUGGGCUUCUACUAUGGCCACACCUACAUCCUGCCCUGGGAGAGCGAGCUGAAGCUGAUGCACGACCCCCUGAGGGGAGAGAGUGAUGCGGCCAGCCAACCUGACUUGGACCAGCACCUGGCCAUGAUGGUGGCCUUGCAGGAGGACAUCCAGUGCAGGUACAACCUGGGGUGCCACCGGCUGGAGACCUUACUCCAGAACAUCGACCUGCCUCCUCUGAACAGUGCCAACAAUGCCCAGUACUUCCUGCGGAAGCCUGACAAGGCGGUGGAGGAGGACGCGCGUGUCUUCUCGGCCUAUCAGGACUGUAUCCAGCUGCAGCUACAACUCAACUUGGCCCACCACGCUGUCCAGAGGCUCCGCGUAUCCCUGGGAGCCGGGCGCAAGAUCCUGCCUGAGCCCUACGACCCCCGGGAGCUCAUCCAGAACUCAUCCACCGAGCAGCUGAGAACCAUCAUCCGCUACCUGCUGGACACACUCCUCAGCCUUCUGCACUCUAACAAUGGGCACGCAGUCCCGUCCGUGCUGCAGAGCACGUUCCACGCGCAGGCCUGCGAGGAGCUCUUCAAGCACCUGUGCAUCAGCGGCACGCCCAAGAUCCGUCUGCACGCGGGCCUGCUGCUGGUGCAGCUGUGUGGAGGGGAGCGCUGGUGGGGCCAGUUCCUCUCUAACGUCCUGCAGGAGCUCUACAACUCUGAGCAGCUGCUCAUCUUCCCCCAGGACAGGGUCUUCAUGCUCCUGUCCUGCAUCGGCCAAAGAUCCUUGAGCAACAGCGGCGUGCUGGAGGGGCUACUUAACCUGCUGGACAGCCUGCUGUCCCCCCUACAGCAACCUAUGGCGGCUGCCCAUCACAGGACUGAAGGUGUGUUGGACGUCCCCAUGAUCAGCUGGGUGGUGAUGCUUGUGUCGCGGCUGCUGGACUACGUGGCCAGUGUGGAGGACGAGGCGUCUGCAGGCAAGAAGCACCUGGGAGGGAAGGAGAGGGAGCGCACCUUGACAGGUAAUCAGUGGAGCUUUAUAAAUAACAGCCUCCAGUCCUCCAGCUCUAACCGCUCAGCCAAAGGCAACAGCAGCCUGGAUCGCCUGUACUCCCGCAAGAUCCGCAAACAGCUGGUGCACCACAAACAGCAGUUAAAUCUAUUGAAGGCAAAACAGAAGGCUUUGGUGGAGCAAAUUGAGAAGGAGAAGAUCCAGAGCAACAAAGGCUCCUCAUACAAACUGCUGGUGGAGCAGGCCAAGCUGAAACAGGCCACAUCCAAGCACUUUAAGGACCUGAUCCGUCUGAGGCGUACAGCUGAGUGGCCCCGCUCCACCCUGGACACAGAGGCCACGGCCGCCAAAGAGGCCCCAGAGGUGGAGCCUCUGCCCUUCACACUGGCCCACGAGCGCUGCAUCUCCGUGGUGCAGAAACUGUCCCUUUUCCUCCUCUCCAUGGACUUCACCUGUCACGCCGACCUCCUGCUGUUCGUUUGCAAGGUCUUGGCCAGGAUAGCCAACGCCACCAGGCCCACUAUCCACCUGUGUGAGGUGGUGUCGGAGCACCAGCUGGAGCGUCUGCUGUUGCUGCUGGUGGGGACAGACUUCAACAGGGGGGACAUCUCCUGGGGAGGGGCCUGGGCCCAGUACUCCCUCACCUGCAUGCUGCAGGACAUCCUGGCAGGGGAGCUGCUGUCCCCAGGGUCCCUGGAUGGUAUGGACGAGGGGGCGGUGGGCGAGGAAGCAGGGGCAUCGUCCUCAGCAGGGAUAGACUCUGACGACUCCCUAGCCCAGCCCACCCCCAUCCCCCUCGUGGAAACCAUUGACGAGGCCCUGUCUCCGGAUAUCAUCGCAGGUACUCCUGGGACCUCCUCUGUUUUCCAAAGUGCUCCACCUCUGUCAUCUUUGGAAAAAGAUAAAGACAUUGACUUUGACUUGCUACAAGACCUCAUGGAUGUUGAUAUUGAUCCUUUAGAUAUUGAUUUGGAAAAAGAUCCCCUUGCCGCCAAAGUCUUUAAGCCCAUUAGCAGCACCUGGUAUGACUACUGGGGUGCUGACUAUGGCACUUACGGUUACAACCCCUACAUAGGGGGAGUAGGGAUUGCUGUGUCCAAGCCCCCGGCUGUUGUCGAAAAGCCUGGGUCUCAGAGUCUCUCCAUCUCCGUGUCACAAGCUCUGGACGCCCGCCUGGAGGUAGGGCUGGAGCAGCAGGCUGAGCUUAUGCUCAAGAUGAUGGCCACACUGGAGGCAGACUCCAUCUUGCAGGCACUCACAUCAACCUCCCCUGCAGUGUCCAAGGCAUCCAACGGGACAGAUGAUUCUUUGCUGCGGGGGCUCCAUGGGGGCUCCCCCCCAGGAAGCAGCCUAAUGGUACAGGCCUCCUCCAUCCCCAUGCUGAGUGCCUGCUUCAACAAGCUAUUCUCCAUGCUCCAGGUGCACCACGUGCAGUUGGAGUCUAUGCUGCAGCUGUGGCUAACCCUCAGUCUCAACUCAUGCUCUGGGGGCACUGAGGAAAGUGGAUCUGACAUCUUCAUGUUCAACGCCAGUAGAGUGCCCACCAUCCCACUCAACCAAGCCUCUAUCAGCAGUUUCCUGUCGGUGCUAGCCUGGUAUCCCAACACCUCCCUGAGGACCUGGUGUCUGGUGCUUCACUCCCUUACCCUCAUGACCAACAUGCCCUCCAGUGCAGCCUCCAGCAGUGGGAUGGGAGCUCAUGAGAGCACGGCCCAGCAGAUGGUGUCGGACCCUACGCUGGUGCACGUGCUUGUACGAUUCCUCUCUGGGUGCAACCCCCAUGGCACCAGCCAGUACAGCUCCCAGGUCGGCCCCACUGCCACCCAAGCUAUGCAAGAGUUCCUCACCAGGCUCCAGGUGCACCUCUCUUCCACCUGCCCACAGAUGUUUAGCGAGUUCCUGCUCAAACUGAUGCACAUCCUGUCUACUGAGAGGGGUCCGUUCCAGUCAGGCCAGGGUCCUCUGGACGCUCAGGUCAAGCUGUUAGAGUUCACCCUGGAGCAGAACUUUGAGGUGGUGUCGGUGACCACCAUCUCCUCUGUCAUCGAGUCCAUCACCUUCCUGGUGCACCACUACAUCACCUGCUCUGACAAGGUGGUGUCCCGCAGUGGCUCCGACAGCUCUGUGGGCGCCCGCGCCUGCUUUGGAGGCCUCUUCGCCAACAUCAUCCGGCCCGGUGACGCCAAGGCGGUGUGCGGUGAGACCACGCGCGACCAACUCAUGUUCGACCUACUUAAGCUAGUCAACGCCCUGGUUCAGCUGCCCCUGUCGGGCGACCGUGAGUUCAGCGGGCGUCUGCCCCCGGCAGGAAGCGGGGCGUCGGACAGCAGCGCGUCGGACGAGGAGAAGGUGUGCGGCAGCAAGGAGGGGGCAGCGGGAGGGGCCACCCCUAACCAGGGCCCUGCGGCCGGAGUGGCUGACCUGGUGCUGGCCAACCAGCAGAUCAUGAGCCAGAUCCUCUCGGCUCUGGGCCAGUGCAACAGCAGCGCCAUGGCUAUGAUCAUAGGGGCUAGUGGUCUCCACCUGACCAAGCAUGAGAACUUCCAUGGCGGACUAGAUGCCAUUUCUGUAGGAGACGGCCUGUUCACCAUCCUCACCUCUCUGAGCAAGAGGGCCACCUCGGUGCAGGUUAUGCUGCAGCCCAUCCUCACCUACAUGGCUUGUGGGUACAUGGGCAGACAGUCUUUGUAUUUCUCCCAGGGCUCUCUGUCUACAUGCCAGCUGUCUGAACCUCUGCUCUGGUUCAUCCUCCGAGUGCUGGACACCAGCGAGGCACUUAAGGCAUUCCACGACAUGGGUGGGGUUCAGUUGAUCUGUAACAACAUGGUGACCAGCACACGGGCCAUAGUGAACACGGCACGAAGCAUGGUGUCCACCAUCAUGAAGUUCCUGGACACUGGCCCAGGGAAGGCUGCUGACGGCAGCCUCAAAGCCCGGGUCCUAGCCUCCGAGCCCGACAACGCAGAGGGACUCCACAACUUUGCUCCGCUCGGCACCAUCACCUCCAGCAGCCCCACGGCCCAGCCGGCAGAGGUCCUCCUUCAGGCCACGCCCCCUCACAGACGGGCACGCUCAGCGGCCUGGUCCUACAUCUUCCUGCCAGAGGAGGCGUGGUGUGACCUCACCAUCCACCUCCCUGCUGCCGUGCUGCUGAAAGAGCUGCACAUCCAGCCACACCUGGCCUCCCUCGCCACCUGCCCCUCCUCGGUCUCGGUUGAGAUCAGUGCGGACGGGGUCAACAUGCUGCCUCUGUCCACACCCAUCAUCACCAGCGGCCUCACCUACAUCAAGAUCCAGCUGGUGAAGGCUGAGGUGGCGUCUGCGGUGUGUCUGAGGCUCCACCGGCCCCGCGACGCCAGCACCCUGGGCCUGUCCCAGAUCAAACUGCUUGGCCUCACCGCCUUCGGCAACACCUCCUCAGCCACCGUCAACAACCCCUUCCUGCCCUCCGAGGACCAGGUCUCUAAAACCAGUAUUGGCUGGCUACGUCUGCUUCACCACUGUCUGACCCACGUCAGUGACCUGGAGGCCACGAUGGCCAGCGCCGCUGCCCCCACUGCCAAUCUGCUCCAAACCUGCGCCGCCCUGCUUAUGUCUCCCUACUGCGGCAUGCACUCACCUAACAUCGAGGCCGUGCUGGUCAAGAUCGGCCUCCAGUCCACCCGCAUCGGCCUAAAGCUCAUUGACAUCCUGCUGAGGAACUGUGCAGCCUCCGGCACUGACCCUACGAACCUCAACAGUCCCCUGCUCUUCGGAAGGCUCAACGGACUCUCUUCAGACUCCACCAUUGACAUCCUGUACCAGCUGGGAACCACCCAGGAUCCUGCGACUAAGGAUAGGAUCCACGCCCUUCUCCAAUGGGUCCAUGACUCGUCGCUGGUGGCGGCACACAAGAGGAGUGGCCCCGUGGGCUACAUCCGCCAGAGCAGCUCCUCGUCACGGGAGUAUGGCCUCGUCAUGCCCUCUCCCUCCCACCUCCACGGUGUGGCGGCCAUCUUGUGGCACAGUUACGAGUUGCCCGUGAACUACGACCUCCCAGUGCUGCUCAACAGAGAGCUCUUUGAACUUCUGUACAACUGGUCCAUGUCCCUGCCGUGUAACAUGGUGCUGAAGAAGGCAGUAGACAGCCUGCUCUGCUCCAUGUGCCACAUCCACCCCAGCUACUUCUCUCUGCUUAUGUCCUGGAUGGGCAUCGUAGCCCCGCCCACCGCCGCCCAGCACCGCCUCUCCCUGACGGACGACGGCAAGAAACAGCAUGACCUCAGCAGCGCUAACGCCACCACCAGCGCUGGCCUCACUGACGAUUCCAAACAUGCGCGGCCACCCAUCGCCUUGUCUGAGUCUCAACUGACCACUCUGGCUGCAGCCUCCCAGUCACCCGGGGCGAUAGAGCAGCUGCUGGACUCAGGCCUGCCCUCUCUGCUGGUCCGCAGCCUGGCCGGACUCUGCUGUGGUCUCCUGGCUGCAGCUGGCCUGCCCCUGCCCUCCACCGCCCAGGCCGAACGACGGCAGCACCAUCACAACCACCACUCCUCUUCGGCAUCUUCCUCUCAGAGCAGGGCGUCCUUGUCUGCAGAGCUGGCAGCCCCAGUGCUGCGUUUCCUCACUGAGGUUGGGAACAGUCAUGCCAUGAAGGACUGGCUAGGUGGGCCUGAGGUGAACCUGCUGUGGACCGCUUUGCUGUUCCUGCUUUGCCACAGCAGCGCCAGCGCAGGGGGAACCAGCGGUGUCCAUGGCCACGCGGGAGCUCACUCUGCUGCCUCUGGUGGUGCGUGCUGCCCCCCUCCUCCGCCCCCACCCCAGCCUUCAGGGUCGCGCUACUCUCUGGCCUCCUCGACCAGGGGCAGCGGGCUCACCACCCAGCAGAGGACGGCAAUCGAGAACGCCACAGUGGCCUUCUUCCUGCAGUGCAUCUCCUGUCACCCCAACAACCAGCGGCUCAUGGCACAGGUGCUGUGUGAGCUCUUCCAGUCGGCCCCUCAGCGUGGAAGCGUGCCUGUCUCUGGCAACAUCUCUGGCUUCAUCCGCAGGCUCUUCCUGCAGCUCAUGCUAGAGGAUGAGAAGGUCACAGUCUUCCUGCAGUCGCCCUGUCCGCUGUACAAGGGACGCAUUAACGCUACCAGCCAUGUGAUCCAGCACCCCAUGUACGGAGCAGGGCACAAGUACCGCACCCUCCACCUUCCCAUCUCCACCACCCUCGCUGAAGUCCUGGACCGGGUGUCGGACACCCCCAGCAUCACAGCCAAGCUGAUCAAUGAGCAGAAAGAGGACAAGGAGAAGAAGAAUCACGACGAGAAGGAGAAGAUGAAGACAGACAGCGGUUUCCAGGACAACUUCAGUGUCGUCGUGGCCUCAGGCUUGAAGUCCCAGUCGAAGAGAGCCCUGUCAACCCCUCCUCGUCCCCCUUCGCGGAGGGGCCGUGUGAUGAGCGAUAAGCUGACAGCCUCAGGUGUGGACCCUUCUGCCAAAACUCUCAGCGUGCCUGUCUUCCACCUCUACCACAAGCUGCUACCAGGUCAGCCCCUGCCGGCAGAGAUGACACUGGCCCAGCUGUUGACCCUGCUUUACGACCGCAAGCUUCCCCAGGGCUACCACUCCAUCGACUUGACUGUCAAGUUGGGCUCCAAGGUUAUCUCCGACCCCGGGAUCUCGAAGACAGACUCCUUCAAACGUCUCCGCACAGAGAAAGUGGAACAGUGUGACAUGCUGAGUAGCUGUCCAGAGGACGAGCCCAUGACCCCGGGAGACGAGGGUCUGGACGCAGCGAUCGAUGAGUCCCUGCUCGAGACCAAACCCAUCCAGUCGCCCCUGCAGGUGUUUGCAGGCAUGGGUGGUCUGGCCCUGAUCGCUGAGAGGCUGCCAAUGCUCUACCCAGAUGUCAUCCAACAGCGAAUUGAAUUAUUCAGGCAGUCUCCCAGAGCUACUGGUGGUUUGAAGCAGACGCCCCACGAGGGCUAUCAAGUGAGUGCUCCGGUGGUGCCCUCUACCACGCAGGAGAAGCCCAAGGACAGCGACCAGUUUGAGUGGGUCACCAUCGAGCAGUCUGGCGAGCUCGUGUAUGAGGCGCCAGAGACCAUGGCCGCCGAGCCGCCACCCAUCAACAAGUCGUCAGUGCAGACCAUGUCGCCCAUCCCCGCCCACUCGCUGGCGGCCUUCGGUCUGUUCCUGCGCCUGCCGGGCUAUGCUGAGGUGCUGCUGAAGGAGAGGAAGCACGCCCAGUGUCUGCUCCGCCUGGUGCUGGGAGUCACAGACGAUGGCGAGGGCAGUCAUAUCCUGCAGAGUCCGUCGGCAAAUGUGCUGCCCACGCUGCCCUUCCACGUGCUGCGGGCCCUAUUCAGCACCACACCUCUCACCACGGAUGACGGCGUGCUGCUGCGCCGCAUGGCCCUGGAAAUAGGAGCCAUCCACCUCAUCCUGGCCUGCCUGUCAGCCCUCAGCCAUCACGCACCCCGUGUCCCCAACACCAGCGGGAACUCUUCAGAGCCCACAGUGUCCAGUGGUCAUGGAGGGGGCACAAGUGAGGAGCAGCAGCUGUACUGGGCGAAGGGCACUGGUUUCGGUACAGGCUCCACUGCCUCAGGCUGGGACGUGGAGCAGGCCCUCACCAAGCAGAGGCUGGAGGAGGAGCAUGUCACCUGUCUGCUACAGGUGCUGGCCAGCUACAUCAACCCAGCAAACUGUGUGAGCCACGGAGAGGCCCCUACAGGGGAUAGCAGGGGCCACAACAGCAACGCCCUUCCCACAGUGCUGCAGGAGCUGCUCAGCCAGUCCUGCCUCAUUCCAGCCAUGUCCUCCUACCUACGCAACGAUUCCGUACUGGACAUGGCACGUCAUGUGCCCCUGUACCGGGCGCUGCUGGAGCUGCUGAGGGCCAUCUCCACAUCCACGGCCCUGGUUCCCCUGCUGCUGCCCCUGUCAGGAGACCCCAGCCAGGAGGAAGAGGAGGAGGAGCGCUCCGAGGGACAGACGUCUGUGGGCAUGCUGCUGGCCAAGAUGAAAACCUGCGUGGACACCUACACCAACCGCCUCAGGUGGGGACUUAGACGGACAGAGUCAAAGAAAGACAAGGCGAAAGGUGUGGUGAAGCCUGAUAGCUCAGACCCAGAACCUGAGGGGCUGACCCUGCUGGUGCCUGACAUCCAGAGGACGGCCGAGAUUGUCUAUGCUGCCACCACCAGCCUACGGCAGGCCAACCAGGAGAGGAAGUUGGCUGAGUCCUCGAAGAAGGCAACAACCAGACCCAAACCCAUGUCAAUCCUACGCUCACUCGAGGAGAAGUACGUGGCCAUCAUGAAGAAGCUCCAGUUUGACACCUUUGAGAUGGUCACGGAGGACGAUGACGGGAAGCUGGUGUUCAAGGUGAACUACCACUACAUGUCUCAGGUGAAGAACGCCAGCGAUGCCAACAGCGCUGCCCGCGCCCGCCGCCUGGCACAGGAGGCCGUCACGCUCUCCACCUCGCUGCCCCUCUCCUCCUCCUCCAGCGUCUUUGUUCGCUGCGACGAAGAGCGGCUAGACAUCAUGAAGGUUCUCAUCACGGGCCCGGCGGACACACCGUACGCUAACGGCUGCUUUGAGUUUGACGUGUACUUCCCCCAGGACUACCCCAAUUCCCCGCCCCUGGUCAACCUAGAGACCACUGGUGGACACAGCGUGCGCUUUAACCCAAACCUCUACAAUGACGGAAAGGUGUGUUUAAGUAUUCUCAACACCUGGCACGGGAGACCGGAGGAGAAAUGGAACCCUCAGACCUCUAGCUUUUUACAGGUUCUGGUAUCAGUGCAGUCUCUGAUCCUGGUGUCGGAGCCCUACUUCAACGAGCCGGGUUACGAGCGUUCACGCGGAACCCCCAGCGGCACACAGAGCUCCCGCGAGUAUGACGGAAACAUCCGGCAGGCCUCCGUCAAGUGGGCCAUGCUUGAGCAGAUGCGCAAUGCCUCGCCUUGCUUCAAAGAGGUGAUCCACAAACACUUCUACCUGAAGCGGGUAGAGGUCAUGGCACAGUGUGAGGAGUGGAUCGCAGACAUCCAGCAGUACAGCAGUGACAAGAGAGUGGGCCGCACCAUGUCCCAUCACGCUGCUGCAUUGAAGAGGCACACGGCCCAGCUACGAGAGGAACUGCUGAAGCUGCCCUGCCCUGAGGGCCUGGAGCCUGACGGGGAGGAGUUCUCAGACAAGAGUGCCGCCCUCGUGGUCAAGGAGCUGGCCAAUCAGGACGCGGAGAAGCCGACUGGCAGCCAAGACGGCACCUGCAGUGAGGGCCCGCUAUGAGUCCCGCCCCUCUUUGCUCCCCUCCACCCUAAGCCGCGGCCACUCCUCCUCACAACUAUUACUAUUGUUAUUAAAUAGACUUUGACGGCUUCGAAGCACAAGCCACCAUUUUGUCAAUAUUUGUAUGUAAGAAUCUAAUUAUGUAAUGGCUGAAUAAAGAGGACAAAAAAACUAGAUGAGAAUGAAACAGCUUACAAACCAACAAAAAUAAGACAAAACUCCAAACUAUGCUAUGCCCUUAAGGAAACAGUCGACAAACAAAUUACCUUUUUAUUUUUACCUGUAUAACAGUGUAAACUGUAAGUGCUUUUUUUUUUUUUUUCAAUUGUGAAAUAACCACUGAUUGGUAUGUUAUUCAAUUUGUUUAUGUAUACAUAAUGACAGAGGAAAUCACUGAAUAUAUAAGGGAACUAGCCUACCAUUAGAGAAUAAUGUUUACUGAAUGUUCAUUUCAAUUGUUUGGACUGUUAGUGCAAGGACAGUUGUAACCAGGAAUAUAUUGGUCGUUCUUGAAGUAUACUAUUUAAAAGAAAACAUACACUUUCCUGAAUUUGAGAAAUCUUCUGGUUGCCCAUUGACAUCGCUUUUUUGAUUUCUACAGGAUCCUGUAAACUUCAAUAAAGGCUGAAAUAUACAUUCUUAAUUGCAAUGAUUACUUGUUACCCUUUUUACAGGCUGUUCAAAAACGCUAUGAGCAAGUUUUUUUUGCCUCUAAUUCUCAAUGCAAGUUUAAUAAAUGCAACCUGUUUUACUUUUCCCGGAUAUAUACAUUGAUCUGAUUGUGUAGAUAAGAGUCUGAGUAUGUAAGAUUUGGGAUAUGUACCGGUAUGUGAAGGCUUCUGAAUGUGUGAUUUGGUGCGUAUUCAACAAUCCCACUAAGAUACAAAGCUGCUAUGUGCCUUUUAUCUACAUUGACAUCAUACCAAAUACUUUGAAAAAGUUAAUUCACUGAUUAUUUGACAUUUCUACACUUUGAUCGUUCCGCUCUGUCUGAAAAAGGUUGAUUCCGGUGAAAGAAAAAGCACUUAAUAUUUUACUCUCUCCCGGUUCAGUCACAUACUCCUUUUGGUAGGACAUUAAAUGGAGCUUGAAAA